AUGGGACCAAAGUUUGUAUUGAAUGACAAAAGAUAGCUCUUGAUAUAAAUAUUUCUAUUUUUGGAAAACUUUAAUGCUACUUUCUACUUCCAUCUUUACAAAACUUAUAAUUAUAUAGAUUUUCUAAUGCACCGAGACACACCAAAGCUUCCUACUACUAGAGAAUAUGCUUUCAAAUACAUUGACUUGCAUGGAGAAAUCUCAUUUCUUUGUUGAACAUGAAAUAAAAUAAUAUAUAUAUCAUUUACUAGACAAAGUGGAGGAUGCGGCUGUGGUUUUCAUAAACUCCAUUAUAUAUCAUUUACUAGACAAAGUGGAGGAUGGAGCCAUGGUUUUCAUAAACUACUUUGAGUGAAGAACUGGUCGAGACAUCUUCCUGCUGGGGAUUCUUGAAGUUACCCACAUGAGAUAAACAACAUCCGUGCACAAAGCAGCAAGUCUAGUCUUUCACGAACAUUCAUAGCGUAUUGAGUUAAGAGUGCCACUAGUUCUACAUCAAAUCGAAUCUAAUACGUAUGACUUUCCUACCUCUUUCAUACUGGGGAAAACUUAGUCCUCUCUCUCCCCCCUCCCUCUCUCUCUCUCCUCCUCUCUCUCUCUCUCUGUUUUCAAUCGACGGAGCGACAGGUGUGGAUGCUGCUAAAAUGCCUUCAAAUAGAGGACCGAAAAUCGGUUGGAAGUCGGCAUCAUUUUUAAUUUUUGUUUCAAUAAUAAUUUGGAACAGAGAAAAAUACGCAAUAUUAUAAAGCGGGGCCCGCCCACCUACCUCUACAGACGGCAUCUGCCAGCGGGAGAUUAAUGAUGAGAUAUGUUUACAAUGUUAUAAGGGUAUAGUGCGACUUAGGUCUCAGGUCGAAAAAAACUUUGAAAGCUAAGCAAGAUCGUGUCGCCACCGUCUCGCCUCUUGCAUCAACUUUGAAGGUGAAGACUCCCAAAACUCAGAAAGCUAAGCAAGAGCUUGAGAAGCGUGCACCAAAGCUGGUUAGCAAUACUAUUUAUUCUAUCUUCCGUCUAUUUCGUUUUUUAGUUUAUAGAAACUGUUAUCAAUUUUUUUCAUCUUAUAUGUCAAUGUAAUGUAUUAUCCUGUGUUUUGGUAGGUUGAGAAUCCAAAGAAGUCUCUAAUUCUUCAGGGAGCACGGUCUAGUGCUGUACUGAAUGCCGUGCUUACUCAAAUCUAUCACCUUAAAAGGGAUAAUGCUAUGAGAUUUACGAAGAAGAAUGACAGAGUCAUGCCCUUUGAGAGUGCUGGUGAGGCAUCACUGAAGUUUCUUUCUCAGAAUUGAUUGUAGCCUCUUUGUGGUAAGUGGGAAAUUUUAGCCCGUGCACAAAGUUUGUCUAUGAGCACUUUAAAAUCUACCCUUUAUUCACCUCUGGUCGUCUUUUACUCGUGAUAUAAAUUUUUUCCAUUUUUAGAUGGUUUUUAUGUACGCAAUCUAUAGAAAAAUGGCCUUAUUUUCUAUGCGAGUUCUGCAAAAGAUAAUCCUUGUUCAACUGUUGUGUCUUGUGAGCCAUGAUGUUUGGGUAUGAUUACUGUUGAUCUUAGGCUCUCAUUCGUGCUCUAGAUGCCUAUGAAAUAAAUAUAGAAAACUCGGCAUGAUUACUGUGGAAAGCAGAUUUCUGGGUGUGGUAUAGGAAAACUAGUUGUUGACUGCAAUUCUCUUAUUAACGUAGUUUAGGAUAUCAUAUUAUUUGUGUAUUGAACACAUUUCUAAGGCAACAAUUUUUUUUUCACUUGAAAACCGACAUUCAAUCAAGAAGAUGAUAAUAAUCUAAAUGAGAAUGCGCCAUCCUAUUUGAUGUUAAGGAGUCCCCUUGAUGGCAUCUCUGUGCUUUUCAAGAAAAGAAUAAUCUUUUACUGUUCGGAGACGAGAGAGAUAAGGUAUUGAUUACACGCACCAAACCCUCUUGUGUAUGUUAUCAUUGACCAUAGCCUAUGAAGCACAUUUUAAUCUGUUUUCUCUGUCACUCUUUGCUUUGAAUUUUGCCAUUACACAUUAAUCUAUGCGAAGAAUGGCAAAGUUCAAGUCUUUUGAGCUUUCAGAUUCAAGAAUGAUGGAAGCCAUUUUCGCAGUUCCUGAUUUUCGUCUUUCUUGCCCUUAUUAUUGAAUAUCUGAUCCUUGGUUGUUCCAGAUGGUUCGAGUUUCUGGCUUGUGAUGGUUUCUUUGGGUUGCAGUUUGGUUCCCAUUCUAAGAAACGUCCGAACAAUCUAGUCCUGGGAAGAAUGUUUGAUCAUCACAUUUUAUGAUCUUGUGGAAGUGGGCGUGGAAAACUUCAAGACCAUGAAAUCUUUCUCUUAUGACGAGAAGAUAGCUUCACGGAUGGGCUCCAAGCCAUUCUUUGCUCUUAUCGGCGAAGGCUUUGAGAGCUCGGGGGAACGGAAACAUUUGAAGGAAGUCUUGCUCGACCUUUUCAGGGGAGAGGUAAACAAAUUGUCAAGUCUCCAUCAGAAGCAUCAGGGUUUUCCAACGCCCAUUGAUUGAUUUUAUGCAUUUGAUCGUGCAGGUGGUGGACAACUUGAAUCUUGCAGGAGUUGGCCGUGCCUUUGUGUGUACCGAUAUCUCUGCAAACACCGUUCUCUACACGCAUUGUUGCAUCCGGCUGAAAGGUCGGGGACUACUAUUCCCAGGAUCGAGUUGGUGGAGGUUGGACCCUCCAUGGAUCUAGUUGUUAGGCGGCACCGCCUCCCCAAUGCAAGCUUGCAGAAAGAAGCCAUGAAGGGCGCUCGUGAACCACAUAAGAAGGUUAGGCCCCCGACUCUCCAUCCUUUCUUUGCGCCGCAAAGUUCCCAUUUAUAGUAUUGAAUUCCGUUUCUCACUGCAUAUCUUCUCGAUUGACGGAUGUUUAAAUCUGUUUCACACUGUUUUUGGUAUUUCCAUCUCACAGCCAAAAAAUGUGGUCCGAGACAUCGUGCAUGGGAAGAUUGGGAAGAUUUAUGUUCCAGACCAGAAGGUCAGCGCCCCCACACUCUUUGUUCUUCCUUGGGCACUCGGGCCUUCUCUCUUUUCCUCAAGAACAUUUUUGUUCAUAAUACGGGCGCCCUCAGGUUGGAAAUCUGGCCUUGUAAAAAAUGACGUCAAAGGGCUGAAGAGGGAGAGGCGUGAGGCCAAGGCCAGGGGCGGCGCCUCCCCAGAUCAUCCCCCAAAGAGGCAGAAGGCCUCCCCUGGACCUUGA